AUUUACUUCCGGUGUGGAGAGGUUAUACCGCCUCUUCUCUCUUGUUGUCAUAAUCGUGUGUUUGUUAAGGAAAUACACGAAGAUGGAGUUGUUUAUAAGAGAUAUAUUUAACCAGCUUCAUUGUAUUCACGUGUCGGAGGGUAGUUCGGUGCGAGAUUUAAUUCGGUGCGUUGAUCAGAAGCAGGUUAUUCCAGCUUCGGAUUUUUAUAUUAAGCGCAAUGGAAAACUUGCAGCAGAAGAAGAACAGGUCCGGAGAGGACAAGUAUAUUCUCUGGAACCUCGAAUAUUUGGUGGAAAGGGAGGAUUUGGAUCAAUGCUUAGAGCCCUAGGUGCCCAGAUUGAGAAGACCACCAAUAGGGAAGCUUGUCGUGAUCUCAGUGGUAGGCGUCUCCGGGAUGUUAAUCAUGAGAAAGAGAUGGCAGAGUGGAUGAAAAAACAAGCAGAGAGAGAGGCUGAGAAGGAACAAAGAAGACUUGAACGUUUGAAACGCAAAUUGACAGAUCCCAAACAUUACUUCACUGAUUCCAGCUACCAACAACAGUGUCAUGAUUUGUCAGAGAGACUAGAGGACUCUGUGCUAAAGGGCAUGCAAGCAUCCUCUAGUGGUUUAGUAAUGGCAGAAGAAGGACCAAGCAAAAAGAAGCCAAACCUCGACAAAACAGAGAAACCAAGCAAGAAUAAAUGUUUUUGGACAGGAAUUGAUGGCCUUGAGGAUUCUGCAGGUUCAGAUGAUAGCCUCGGCAGUGACAAUGAAGAAUUUCCCUCAAAAUGUAGGGCAAGUCUAGGAGAAACAAGCCCAGAAAGUAACGGAACAGAAAGUGAGUGUUCACUUAAAAAUGAAAGUGAGGUCGAAACAUCAAGCAUGCCUUGUAGCUCCUUGGCAGAGAACUACUUGGAAAGUAAAACAGAAAACAAAGACUCCCCUGCAACAAUAGCAGAAGAAACACAGCCUGAUGAAGAAUUGCAACAUGUUGUAAAAAGCGAAUCGCCGGUUGUGCAGGAGGAGAAAGAUGAGGACCAAGUCAGCCAGGUUCAGAGUAGUCAGGAAAAGGAAGAAGCUUCUGCAUCCCUGCCUGAGAUCAUAAGCAAGGCUGCUUCAGUAUAUCAAAGUGAUAAAAGUGCAGUUGCUACCAGCACAGGGCAUGAAGAUAUUUUGAAAAUGGCGACUGAUGCCCCCCUGGACUUAAUGACAAUAAGCUCUGUCUCAGACCUGGAAUCCUUGGGACUGGAGAGACUCAAGGUGGAGUUAACGAAACUUGGACUGAAAUGUGGAGGGUCUCUGCAGGAGAGGGCCGCCAGGCUCUUCUCAGUCAGAGGGCUUAGUAAGGACCAGAUCAACCCAGCUCUUUUUGCCAAGCCUGGAAAGGCAAAAAUGAAGCAAAACAAGUAGCUGGCCACCAUAUUUUAUCCAAUAGAUUGUUAUAUUUUUAAACAUAUUUACAGGUGUAGAAAAUAAAGGACCCGUCUCCUUUAAAGGUGUGUUUUGGUUUGUCGCUGAUUAGACUGAGGGGAAAAGUCCGUGUCUCUGUCCCAACCUGGAGAAGUUGGACAGCAUUGUUCGAUUUGAAUUCUUCGUCUUGGAGCCCCCCUACCUUUUUAGAGGAUGGUCAUGUGAAAUUUCUGACUUGCAUUUCUUGUUCAUCUCACAGCAGGAGAAUGCAGCAUUAGCUGCGGUGGUCUCUGUGUUUUUCUGCAAGUGUUGUCUGAACAAGAAGCAGUUUGAAGGAGGACUGUAAUUCAAAAGCCCCAGGAAUGAGCAGUUGUGGUGCUUCUUUGUGUCUGGGGUCCAGCACUGAUGCCCACAUGUGAUACGUUUUCAUGGCUUAUAAUGAUUUGGGACAAUAACUCGGUGUUUGACUAGGAGCCACAUCCCUUUUUCUAGACAUCCUUUUCUCUGUAAACCAAGAACUUGUCAGCGUUUUUCUUAUCCAUGUCCGAUAAUAGAUACAUGCAACAUAAUAAUGAAAACUAGAAAGUAUAAUAAGAAAAACAAACAAUGCAACGUAAUAAUAUAGGUCGGCCCUUGUGAUUUGCAGAUCCGCCUAUUUGUAGCUUUGUCAUAAAUAAAUGAUGGAAAUUGUUCUGUGAGUUUUGCAACCUAUUGAGGAAAACUGCAGACCACACUGAAUCGGCGCUACUUAAAUGGCCAGCAAAUCCCAGCAACUUCAGGAAUACAUUGGGGGGAAGGACUGCUGGGUGAAACCAGAUGAAGCCCAACUGGUAAUAGGGAGUCAUAAAUUCAUUGGUUGUCUUUUUGUUUCAUCAUUGCAAUUGCAACCAUCGGAUUGGACUUUUCUGUGGAUUUAUGUUCUUGUCCUGUGCCCAUUGUUUGUUUGGUGUUUGGUUUUUUUUUUUUCUUUUGUCUGGGGACUUCUGCAAAUCUUCACUUUCUGUACAUUGGCAUCACGGUAAGACCAAACUUUAUAUAACGUUCAGGAGGCUGUUACAGAGGAUUUGCAUUUCACCAUCAUGUACAUAUGUGAAACUGAACUGGGUCUCGAGUGUUUGUUUUGUGUUGAGUACUUUGUUGAAUUUCUUUUGUAUCUGUAAUAUUAAUCAUUUGUGUAAACACAAUUUAUGUUACAUUUUGUAUAAAGUUACAAUUAACUAAA